GAUACAAUAUACACAAACAGUAAAGCUGCAGAUCAAGUUACGGAAGAAAAAAAAAAGUGCGGGCUGGAUUACGUCUCAAUGUUACCUAUAGAUUGAAGCUCAAUGCAAGAAAAAGGUGAAAGGUUCCCUACAGAUGACAUCUAAAUCAGUCAGGGCUCUUUUUUUAAUAUGGUAGCGCUGUGCACUCAAGUCUCUAUUUAUUGUCACUUAGGCUGACAGAAUUUAAUUGACACCCUAGUGUGAUUAUUCAAAGAGGAUUUUAAAUUCAAGAUUUUUUUUAAAAAGGAGUAUUGACUGUUUAUAGUUGGACUGUGUUUCUACAAUUAGAGAGAUACCAGCGACCAGAGAAUCGGAAGUUGUUAUCAACAUUGGACUACGAGGAUCUUAUCAAACAGUUUGCACAGCGACAAGCCAGAAAAGUGGAGUUCCGUGACUUUAUCCGCCUGUGACCGUCUCAGCAAUUAUUUGGUAGGAACGCCCCUGGACAAGAUGAGUAUCAUUGUCGUCUCCUUGGUCAUGCUGAUGUCUUUAGAAGUAGCUCAUGGUUUGGCGUUUGUGAACUGGAACACAACGACAGGACCGGUCACCGGAUUCUUGGACGGGAGUAUCAAAGUCUUUUGGGGCAUACCUUUUGCUAAGCCUCCAGUUGGCCCAGGACGUUUCAAGCCGCCAGAGAAGGUCGCUAACUGGAGCAUACCUGUUAACGCGACCCAGAGGCCCAACGCCUGCUGGCAAAACAUUGAUUCAUCAUUCAACAGGUCGCCCAAAGUUGAGAUGUGGAACCCCAACACUAAAAUGAGUGAAGACUGCUUAUACCUGAACGUCUGGUUGCCAAAUACAACAGGCGUCAAGCCAAUUUUGGUCUGGAUCUACGGCGGUGGUUUCUUCAGUGGAUCUUCUGCGUUGGAUGUCUACGACGGAAGCGUACUGGCCAAGAAAAACAAUGUCAUUGUUGUCUCGUUCAAUUACAGGGUUGGUGCGCUUGGCUUUCUCUAUACCGGAGACGCUGAGUGUCCUGGAAAUGUUGGUCUUCUGGAUCAAGUCAUGGCUUUACAGUGGAUCAAAGAGAACGUCUUGAACAUGGGUGGAGAUCCCAACACUAUAACGUUGUUUGGAGAGAGCGCAGGGGCAGUCAGCGUUGGCUUUCAUCUGAUGUCCAAUCUAUCCCGGAAUCUGUUUAAUAAUGCUAUUAUGAUGAGUGGCUCUCCGAUAGUAGACUGGGGAAUCAAGACUAGGGAAGACGCAUUGAACAGAACGCAGUCUCUUGCCUCUGACCUCGGCUGUUCGUCCAAGAACCUGACAACUUUAGUCAACUGCCUUCGAGAUAUUACGUCCGAACGGCUGACUCAAGGAAUUUUAAAACUAUUCAGAACCUACUUUGACCCACCUUUAGCUGCGGUUGUGGACGGAUAUUUUCUUUUGCAACAUCCAAAAGAUCUUUUACGCGAUGGCCAGGUCAAGAAAACGAAACUUAUUAUGGGCGUUGUUAAAAACGAAGGAAGCUAUUGGUUGACCUAUGGCCUCCCGGAUAUAUUUAACGUUUCCAGUAUCUACAUAGGUCCUACAAAUUACCUGUCCACUGUGAGUCAAGUCUUGGCGCCUUUUGGAGAAAACUAUACAAAGACCAUAGUCCGAGAUAUUGUUGCAAAUGAAUAUUAUGAUACUCUCCCGCCUUGGGAGAAGCCAACAAGCUAUCUCGAGUCGUUAGAGAAUCUGAGCAGCGACACUUUAUUCAAAUGUUCUGUCGUGACGUUUGCUCAGCUGUACACAUUGUACGUUGGAGGCGAGGUGUACAUGUACUCAUACGAACAUCGAGAGAGUAUUCUUGAUUGGCCGGAGUGGUUUGGGGUACCGCACGGCUACGAGCUGGGAUUCUUCUUUGGCGUCCCCUUCAAGAACAGCUCAAUUUAUCGGGCGUCCGAGCUGAGUCUCAGUGAAGAGGUGAUGAAACGAGUUGCCAACUUCGCCAGAACGAGUAACCCCAACUACCCUGAGGUCAAAGUGGUGUGGCCCCAAUACAGUUUCCCAAACGUUUCGUACCUAGAGAUUACAGAGAACUCCACAAGUGUCAAAGUGGGACUGAGGCAGAGGUCAUGUGACUUUUGGACUAAACAAGUACCAAUACUGACUCCAUUAGAUGUCAACACAGGGACGAUAGCGCCACCUGGUAAUACAGAUACAAAAGGAUGUGUUCGAUCCAACGCCAGUUACACAGCUGCCAGACUUGCUCCUUGUCUUCUCGUAUUAUUAUUUUUGUCUGUAUGUGUCUAAAAAUGUAUGAAUGAGAACACAUGUUAAAGUUAUAGCUUCGUGAUAGUUACUGGUAUGUCUGAAAUGUUUCUUUUAUUGGUAUGUCACAUAUUCAUCUCAUUUGUUAUGCUAUGUAUGGAAGGGUAACUAGGGUUAACAGUUAACAGGAAGACAGUUCUAAUCUUUUUGAAGAUUAUCCUCCAUCCGGCUAGCAUUGUUGUAAAGUGUAAAAAUGUCCGGCUUCCACCCAUUUAUCAAUCGAUUUCCAUUCUAAAUCUCUCAAUCCUAUCAAACUCAUUCAUAAACAAGUGUUUGCGUGUUGCUGUUUAGUGCUAUUCAAAAGAAACUCUUUAUUUUAGAUUUAUGAUCUUUCUUUUUUUUUUUUUUU